AUGGGGUCCUUACCUGUCCAGACUAGUUUCGAUGUCGAAGACGUGCUCUCGCAACUGAACACGCCAGAGAAAGUCGCCUUGUUGUCUGGCAUUGACUUCUGGCACACCGCCCCUGUACACCGUCUGGGAGUUCCAUCGAUACGAGUAUCCGACGGUCCCAAUGGUGUUCGUGGCACUCGGUUCUUUAAUGGGGUUCCUGCUGCCUGUCUUCCUUGUGGCACUGGACUCGCAGCAACGUGGGACACCAAGCUCGUCGGAAAGGGUGGAGCAUUACAGGGUGCUGAGGCCAUCGCCAAGGGAGCAUCUGUCAUUCUCGGCCCGACGACAAACAUGCAAAGAUCACCGUUGGGCGGUCGUGGGUUCGAGAGCUUCAGUGAAGACCCAUAUCUUGCUGGCGCCAUGAGUACUGCAACUAUAAACGGCAUCCAAUCGACCGGCGUUGCCGCUACGAUCAAGCACUAUGUCUGUAAUGACCAAGAGGACCAGAGACAAGCCAUCGAUAGCAUUCUGACAGAACGAGCCCUACGAGAGAUCUACCUGAUGCCGUUCAUGCUUGCGCAGAAAGACUCCAAGCCAGAUUGCUACAUGACUGCUUACAACAGGGUCAAUGGCACGCAUGCGAGUGAGAACCCACGAUUGAUCAAGGAUGUUCUUCGUGGCGAAUGGGGCUUUGACGGGCUCGUGAUGAGCGACUGGUUCGGAACUUACUCAACCACCGAGGCGAUCAAAGCAGGCCUCGACCUUGAGAUGCCCGGUCCUACCUAUAUUCGUGGUCACUUAGUCAAUCAAGCUCUGGGCUGUGGCAAGCUUACGCUGCCUGAUAUCGAUGACAGAGUUCGCGAGGUCUUGAAGCUGGUCAAGAAAGUCCAGUCUCUUGGUAUCCCAGAAAAUGCGCCCGAAACCACGGUCGACACCCCCGAAACGGCCGCUCUUCUUCGUGCGCUGUCAUCUGAUGGAAUCGUCCUAAUGAAGAAUGACAACAACAUCCUGCCUUUCAAGAAGGACAAAACCACUGCCAUCAUUGGCCCCAAUGCGGCUUAUGCAGCCUAUUGUGGUGGCGGGUCAGCUUCACUGUUGCCAUACUAUGCUAUCAGCCCCCUCGAUGGAAUUCGAAAACAAGUGCCAGAUGCGAAGUAUGCUCUCGGUGCCCCGGGCUGGAAAGCGUUACCGCUCAUGACGCGCUUGACCAAAACCAAGAAGAAUGAAAAUGGCUUGACGAUGAGGGUCUUCCUGGAACCCACAUCCGUGACGAACCGCAAGGCAAUUGAUGAGGUGCUGGUGAACAAGUCAGACAUCCUUCUGGUUGAUUACAAACACCCUCUUAUCAAGUCAUCCCUCUAUUGGCUCGAAUUAGAUGGCACUUUCACCCCUGAAGAGACGACCGACUACGACUUCAGUCUGUGCUGCGCCGGCACGGGAAAAGUCUUUGUGAACGGAAAAUGUGUUGUCGAUAACGAGACUCACCAACGGCCGGGUAACUCGUUCUUCGGCGCCGGUACCGCAGAGGAGAUUGGAAGAAUGGCACUAGAAAAGGGACAGACAUACGACAUCAAAGUGACCUUCGGCACACUUCCAACCAUGACUUUCAGUAGCCCCGGUACGACUGGCUUUGGCGCCGGCGGGCUGAGGGUGGGACUCGAGCGCAAAGCUGAAAUCAAAACAGAAGUUGAAAAAGCCGUUGAGCUUGCCAAAGAGGUUGACCAAGUGAUCCUGUGUGUUGGUCUGAAUGGUGAAUGGGAGUCCGAAGGCUACGACCGGACAGAUAUGGACCUGCCACCUGGCAGUGACGAGCUCGUCAAGGCAGUUCUCGCCGUCAAUCCCAACACGGCUAUUGUCAUCCAAUCUGGAACACCCGUUACAAUGCCCUGGCUGAAGGAUGCUCCUGCUGUUCUCCAAGCUUGGUACGGUGGCAACGAGACAGGCAAUGCUAUUGCAGAUGUUGUCUUUGGCAACACUAAUCCCAGCGGCAAAUUGCCCCUGAGCUUCCCAAUCAAGAACGAAGACAACCCGGCUUUCCUCAACUACAAAUCCGAACGCAAUCGAGCCAUCUAUGGGGAAGAUGUCUAUGUCGGGUACCGGUUCUAUGAAAAGACCAAGAAGGAAGUCGCCUUUCCUUUCGGCCACGGUCUCAGUUACACCACCUUUAAGAUCAAGGAUGUAUCUGUCAGUGACGACGAUGUUGAGCUUGUGGUGUCCGCUACGGUUUCAAACACCGGCGAGUUGGACGGUGCGCAAGUAGUCCAAGUUUACGUUGCUCAGCAAAACCCGAGCAUCAAUAGACCUCCCAAGGAAUUGAAGGGCUUCACCAAGGUCUUUGUGAAGGCUGGCGAGAGCGAGAAGGUUGAGAUUGUGAUUUCCAAGAAGUACGCCACCAGCUUCUGGGAUGAGGCGAGGGAUGCGUGGGUGAUGGAGAAAGAUGCCUUUGAUGUGCUGGUGGGUGAUUCCAGUGCCAAUACGCCACUGAAGGCUCAGAUUCGCGUCAAGCGGACAACUUGGUGGAGAGGUUUGUAG